AUGAAUUCCAGUCAGAAAAAGGUUCGAGAUUGCUGUGAGUCUAGGACGAGAAUUCUACUGAAAAUGGAGGGAGACCGGAAAAGAGAGAAAAGAGAGAAAAUCGAGUACGGUGUCGUUUUGACGAGAAGAAAGAAUAAAAAUGGUAAACCUUUUGAAGCACGCGAAUUGGACAAUAGGGAUCGGAAAGUGAC